GCUGCAAUGGUGCAUGUGACCUAAGGAAGAUUUAACUCCAUGAAUUUGAAGUUUAAGUUCCACAUGCCUUUGCUUCUCUACAAUGGCUUAUGAGCAUCAUAAACAAUAGCAGCUUCACCCACGCUCGGGCAGAUCCCGUCGUCCAACCUCAGAGCGGGGAAGGGUUGACAGCCAAAAAAAUAGUGGGGAGAUUUGGACGAGUGGAUUGGGCUCCUUGCAGCUAAGUGACCUCACCAAGAAGUAAAAGGUCCAAAUGUAAACUUCUGUCCGGACAAACGAGCAGCACCCAGCGGCUUCAGUUCUCAGAGUAUGGGAGCCGACAGAGCAGGAGACUUGAAUCCUAGAAACGUGGCGAAGAAACAGAGAUAAAACAGGCCGGGAUUUGAAGAGUUUCCCUUUUGGAUAUUUGUCAAGCUUCCUGGCUGAUUCUGGAGACGGGACUGAUUUCUACUGGAGUGUUUUCUAGCUAGAUCCUGAAUAAAUUCUGAAUCCAACCACAUAAACCCAGGUCUGGAAAGUAUGAAGACUCUAGUUUUCAUUCUGUGCUUCGUAGGAGCAGCUACUUCAACACCGGCAACUUCAAGGAACACAGCUGAGGAUUCCCAGCCGACCGCUGGCUCCUUGAGUUCAGUUCAGAGUGCUGAGACUACCUCCGCAGCUGACAGAGUGGAGGUCCCUCGUUUGGAUGGUGAAGAUUCAGAAGAUGAACGUUCACAGGGAGAAUUGAGAGAGAAGCUGGGGAAUCACACCACUAGCCUAACUUUGCCUGAAGGAACCGCUACUGAGAAGUCCAAAGUAGAAAAGCUGGGCAGUGACCAACCUCCAGUCCUGAGCGAUGAUUUGAAAUCAUUUGAGGACAGCGGUAUCAACCCCAAGGGUCCCCAGGAUGUCUUGAGUGUGAACCUGGAAUCUGGGCCAAGCAAAAGUGGCCUUGCCGGCCCCCAGAGUAAGAAUCAAAGUGGAGAGCAGCCCAAAGAAGCAGAUGUACCUGAAGGGUAUUCUGGCAGGAAGCAGAAUUCCACAGAAAUUCCAGAAGAACUCAAUCAAUCACUUGGGAUAAGCGAGAGGCAGGAUGAGGAGUAUUCCCAAGUAGAUACCAGAAAGGAGGAAACCAAAGAGCUCAUUGAGGCCACUGACCGGCAAAACCAAGAGCACAAGGUAAAGGCUUUGGAGAGCUCACCCCACAAGGAUGACAGUUCAAGCAUUAAUGGGAAGCAGCUAAGUGGCGAUCCAUGCCUGAACUUUCAGUGCAAAAGAGGGAAAGUCUGUGAGAUUGAUGUGCACGGAGAUCCCCGCUGUGUGUGCCAAGACCCAGACACCUGUCCCCUGGCUAAACUUUUUGACCAAGUUUGCGGCAAUGACAAUCACACCUAUGACAGUGCCUGCCACCUGUUUGGGAUGAAGUGCGGGCUUGAAGGAACCAAAAAGGGGCAGCACCUGCAGUUGGAUUAUGUGGGCGCCUGCAAAUACAUCCCUCCUUGCACGGACUUUGAAGUCAGCCAGUUCCCGCUGCGAAUGAGAGAUUGGCUCAAGAAUAUCCUCAUGCAACUGUACGAACACGGCUCUGACAGCUCCGGAUACCUAACCGAGAAGCAGAGGAGCAAAGUGAGGAAAAUCUACCUGGAUGAAAAGCGACUCCAGGAUGGGGACCAUCCAAUUGACCUUCUGCUCAGGGACUUUAAGAAGAACUACCACAUGUAUGUGUAUCCUGUACACUGGCAGUUCAGGGAGCUGGACCAGCACCCAACAGACAGGGCCUUGUCCCACUCUGAGCUUGCUCGUCUCAGAGCCUCUCUGGUGCCCAUGGAACACUGCAUAACUCGUUUCUUUGAAGAGUGUGAUGCGGACCAGGAUAAACACAUCUCCCUGAGGGAGUGGGGUCAGUGCUUUGGCAUUAAAGAAGAGGAUGUAGAUGAGAACCUCUUAAUUUGAGCCAUGGCUUGAAAGUCAAGUGCCUUCCACCUCAUGGUGCACCGCUUUAUAUACCUACCAAACUAUGUAACUAGUAGGUGAAUGUCUUUGUGCAGAAAGCUGUAUAAUAAGUUGUAAUGGCAUGAGGAAGAUUUUGAAGUAACCCAUGCAGUAAGUACAGGGAAGCAGAACGUCCCUCAAGAAAAUCAAAUAUAAAUAAAUUAUAUUAGGGGUUUUCCCAGUAUACCUGCAGGGCCAGUUAGUAGGGAACAAAAAUGGGCCAUCAAUCAUAUUUAUUGAGAACUUUCUUUAUGCAGAGCACUGUAUUAAGCGCUUGGAUGAGUACAAUAUAACAGUUGGUAGACAAGUUCCCCACCCACGACAAUCAUACAGUCUAGAGGGGGGAAUAUGAUGCUUGCCUCCAGCAACAUCAACUUUUAUCUUUAUUGUUAAUUAGGUUCCAUCUGUUGGCAGUAUUUGCUGUACAACUACAGCAUGCCAUCUAAAACACUUGGGAGAAUACAAUUAAUUGAAAGGUGAUGGAGCAUACCAUUCGAAUGUAAGUUCCUUGAGGCCAGGGACUUUGUCUUCUAUUGCUUCUUUCCUGAACACUAAAUACCAGGCUUUGUACAUAGUCAGGGCUCAAUAAAUGAUGAUGAUAAAGAUGAUGAAGGUAAUGGUAGCUGUUGCUGCUGCUGAUGUCCUAUUUUCUCUCCUAUCCUUCCCUGGUGCCUCCUGCUCUUCCCUAUCCCAGCCAAUUUCUCGGCAGUCAGAAGGCUGCAGAGCCUAAAAUUCACCCUGUGUUUGGCUCCCACUGCAGGCCUUGUUAGAUAAGCACUGGGGUGAUUGGCAGGCUCGGGAGGUAUCUGCUUUGGACCUGUUCACCGGGUCUAGGUGAGUCAAAUAACUACCACCUUGAUGUUGCCCUCACCCUUCUUUCUCUCUUCCCUGGGAGCCCCAUGGCAGACAUGAGGCUCUGGGACCCCAGACUCCCCCAUCUCCCUGGUUACCAACCAACCAGCCAUCCACCCAAUUUCUGUACAUGCACUAAACCCAGUGUGACUUGGCUGUGUUCCUAAGGUGCAGCUUUGGCAGUAAGGAAGAGAACAUUGCUGGACACCUUGGAAAGUCAUGCUGUGCUUCCUUAGUAUGGCAUGAGAUUAGGUGGCAAACAUUCCCAUUUCUGCCCAAAGAAAGUAAGUUUAGUGAAUUAAUGUGAUUUUAAAAAAAUACGUUAUUGAGCAUUGUUGCCAUAUUUUUAGAUCGCUAGUUCAUUAUUCACUGCCUGACUUGCGUGUCCCCGUCCACGCGCCUCUAGGAAGGAAAAGAAGUUAUCUGCCACAAUCCGGGUAAUCUGUGAGGAUAGAAUCCGAAAGGAGGCAUAUUUAGUGAGAAGGAUAGCUUAGGUUUGGCCUGCAUUUUUGAAUUUGUAAUUCCACUCUCUUCAGCAGUUUAUGUAAUUUUUAAAAAGAAUUGUGCAAGGUAUUAAAAUGUGUCUUGUUCCACAUCACUCUCCAGAAAAAUUCAUACAAAUAGGCCAAUUUCUUUUUACCACUUGGUUAGUCUAAGAAAUGACAUAUGGUGUAAAAAUGAAAUGUAUACCCUGGAAAGACUACAGAAUUUGUUCCCAGAGGAAGUUGUCAGCAGGUUCAAGUGGAGUUUGGAUGCACACCUGGCUAAGAGGCCCAUAAUGAAUUCCUGCACAUGAAGUAGGGGAUCUAGAGGAGAAAUUUAAGGCUCUAGUUUAACCCUAACCAUGAGAAGAUGUGGCCAUGAGAGCAGGAAUCUUCAUACUGUUCUCUAAGCAUCCUUUUGCCACUGUCAGUUGGGGGCAAAAUGGACAAUUGAUCUGACCCAGGAAAUGACAUGUCUUAUAUCCCAAAGAGCCACUGAAACAGCUGGGUGUAAAAAGGAAGAUGUAAUAAAAGUCAACUGGUUUCC